AGAAGACGUACGGUUCUGCCAAUGACACAAUGAACCUUUUACAAUUUAAUGUCUCUACUGCAAAUAAACAAGAUCACUUAGUGUAUUUAUUUUAUUAUGUAAUGGAUUUAGUGCUUUACAUUGUAUUUUGGGCAUUUGUUUCAAACACGGGGGCACUUUGCAGUGUAAAUAUUAUUGUGCAUAGGGAAGAAAGAACCACAAAAAGACAAAUGUGAUAAACAAGAUGAAGAGAUUUGAAGAAGAAGAAGAAAUUAUUCCCCUGCCGCUAUAGGUGAAGGCCGUCUAAGGGGAACAAUGUAAGCUAUUUUAUUAUUCGAACAAAAACAUUUCAGCGCUACAGGCGGUCAAGCCAGGUCUUAGCAUGGCCAUGUACCUCAGGAGAGGUCAUCCAACCCCGCACACCCUCCAGUUAGGUUCAGUCAUCUCUCAUGUUAUUCGUGACCUCAGGGGCUAAAGGGUAUUUCAAGGUCGUAUAAAGUGUCGGGCGGGGGUGGUGGAGAUUGCAGAUGCCAAAGCAUACAAGGUCACUUAAUUCUCAUGCCUUCUCAAAUAAUGGUCUAUGAAAGAGACAGUCUGUGUGUCCGUACAUUAUUUAUAUAUUUUUUCCCCUUCUCUAAGGAUGACAACAGAGAGACAAGAGUAGCAACGGAGAUAUUUGAACAUAUAAUAAGGCCAUUAAGGGGAAAACAAAGUAUAUGACGACAACAAAGGUUAAGCUUAUAAAUAGAUCGUAAAGUUGAACCGAGGAGACUACCACCUGGUACACACCGUUAUUUGUCAUGAAAGCAAUGUGAAAAGGUCAAAGCUGACAGGUAGCAAAAUACAAUGACAAUGAGCGCCAAGACUGUUAGAAAUACCUUAUUUCUGCACCUCUAGCAUUUUUAACUUACAUUUAACACCAGAGACUGGGUUGGAGAUACUGUCAAACUUACUGUGAGAUGGUCGCCAUAAUAAUAAUCAUAAUAAUAAUCAUCAUCAUCCAAGUGUAAAGCCAUGCCGUUAUUUAUGUCAUCGUCUUAAUAGCGUUAAAGGAAAGGAAGAACAAAGAACAGUUGACAUUUAAAAUAAACUGAAAAGCAUUUGUUGACUGCUCGUGUACACUAGCUAUCAGCAUUAUCAAAGGUUGAUACAACUAACUCGCAAAAUCAAGUCUGUUGUCCCUGACCACUACCUCGUAUUACUGACCACAACGAUGUUAUCCUUCGUGACAACAGCACUCGAUGACUGAUAAACACGGGCCAACUGCACAACACAAGGCGAUUGCUAAAUAGUCAACACCAAGUGGUCAGUUAACAUGCUUCGAAUAUCUAUUUUUAUUGUGCUCUAACCCCUCGACUUUCCGCUUCCCCUAUACUUUUUGAUACUUCAGAUACUUCACAUUAUGUUCCAUCUGGUCAUUGUUUGCAAAUAUAAAUAUUUGCUCGUGUGCUGUAAGAGCAAUAUCCACGCAAGGGAUGCAUGCUGGAAAGAAAAAAAAAUGGCAAGAUAGAAGCCACGGUAUACCCUGGGACAUCUAAAAUCUAGUUCAGUGUUUUGUAAGGGCAUCUGGGCUGUCACACUGCCUCCUCCAUCGCCGAGGAAGAGAAGCUAGAAGAGAAAGAGGAUUCAACGAAUACUGAAAACAAAGGAUACUAGGUGAUAGUAUGACAAGAGGAAUAAACUGAAGUUGUCUGCUCACGUUGAAUUGACGGAUGCGCAAGCGACUAAAUAACGAAUCCACAAGUGAUGCGCAGGUCGUUAGCCAAAUUACGGUGUACGGCUCGUAAGGUCGUAAGGGAGAAUUAAUCAUACAAAAAAAAAAAAACCAACCGUCGUUUAUCUCCCAUCAAACCUCGUUAGCGGCCGGGCUUGUUCCGUCUUCAUCGAUUAAAUGAGAUCGAAGCCUGACGAGGAUGAGAGGUCUGAGAGCCCCGAUAAUCAGCAAGAGUGGGGAUGGAUGGGGCCUAGAUGAACAAGCUAAGUGGGUCGGGUCACGUACUACAGAUAUGUGGAAAAUUCUGUCUAUCCACCAAUCUCUUGAUACCCCCUCCUUUUUUCUUCUCUUAUUUUAUCUGCUUUUCUGUUCGCAUCUUAAUCUCCGCUUUUCCUUGGUAUAUCCUCCAGGCAUUUCUGAUUUGUUAUUCUUUGUAAAACACCCAUUGCAUGUUUUUUUCUUGUUGUUGUUGUUGUUGUUGUUGUUGUUGCUGUUGCUGCUGCUGCUGCUGUCCAGUAUUAAAGCAAUCUGGUGGCGGAAAUGGGGGAGAGGGACGGUUGCGAUGACGAAGCGGUUGGGUGGAGGUCUGGCGGAAACGACUGGUGAGCGCCACCUGGUGGCACAAGAGGCGCUCAAGGGCCUGAACUCAAGAGACCAAAUGUCUGAGGCGCUUAGAAACUACGGUGAUGUCGUGAGAUCAGUACUUUGGCUUCCCUGCUCGCCGGUUCUCGUUCAGCUUAAGUUGUCCGGUUCUUUACGCUCAAGAGCUCUGGUGGUUUUGUUUUGUUGUUUUUUUUGGGUUUUUUGUAAGGGCAGGGAAUGACCCUCCAGAUUAAAGACACAAGAAGAAGGAGAAAAGAAGAGAUCAGAAAAAGAACAAAAGAAUAGAAAAACUGAUGGCUUCCUUCUCCCACCACCACAAAACCCUUCUCGGGCGAAUGACAGAUUGCAAAGAAGUACAUUGACACAUAUUUCUCGAAAGAUUCAGGCGACACAAAGAUUAUACAUUUCCCGUUUGUGAUCGAAUGCAUCGAAGUGUUAUUUUGAGAACGAGGGAACCUGAAGCGUACACAAACGCAAGACGACAGAAAAAAGAAACGAAAAGGAAGAAGGUGGAGAGAGAGAGAGCUAUGAUUUAGCGUUCAGCAUGCUCCUCAAAAAGCCUCAGGCAAUAUUUUGCUUACUAAAUUCAUUGCGCGGAGGAAUUUUUGCAAUGUUAUUUCGAUUUUUUUUAUAAUUUUUUUUCCUUAGAUGUUUAGCUAAAGUGGUGGUCUGUGAUUUCUCCCAAAGGAUUUUACAAUCCGUAGUGUGUAGAUGUUGUGGAUAACCAGUUAAUGUAAUUUUUAAGGAUUGAAAAAAGUUUCAUUUUGUGCUCGAGGCAGCUCCCUUUUUCUAAUUUGUUACUUUAUUUUUUACUUAUAUUUGUACUUCUGUUUUAUAUGUACCGUGAUAUUGAAUAUCUAUCUUGUUUUAUACUUGUUGAACUCAAGCCAUUCACUCAUCCCAAAUUACCCAUAAAAAGAGAUGAAUGGUAAGAAAAAAAGAUUAGGACACGUGUCCCCAUUUACUCCUUGGUUAACGAUACUAAUAAUUAGCUGUCUUUUGCACCUAGCUCCGGAUAAUCUCUGCAAAAUUACCCAGGUAGUUGUCAGGCAGGGGUUAAUCCUUGCAGCUAACACCCCUGUAGAGGUUUGGGAUAGUUGGACUUUUAGACAGAAGAGAAAAACUGUUCAGCGGAAUUUCUGCAAGUAUUUUGGCCACAUCGAUGUUCGAUCGAUGCGUGGUCCCUCUCUGAUGUGAGUGUCUCAAAUCCUCUUAUUUACAAGUCUACGUCACAUCUGUUAUGCACGCCCGUGCGUUUGUGCUAGUCUUUAUUUAGCAAGCAAAGAAUUUUCCGAUUUCUACUAUGCGUUAGGUUCGUUUGUUAAUUUAUUUAAUGGCAGGGGUACUUGAUAUGCUUUGUAAUUCAUAAAAGUUAAAAAUCACUAUGGCCUUCAGUUUGCUGGUCACUCAUAUACAUACAAAACUGCUACUUAAGUGUCUACAAAUAUUGAAUAAUGAUGUGUUUAAGUUUAGCUUUCGUUUCUUAACUGAGCUUAAUUAAAUAUAAAACCGAGAGUGUCACAUCUAGACUUACAUAAUAACAGGAAUGAUUGUUGCGGCUUGACUCGCGAGCACAUACGCAACAGUGGAAGGCUUUCCAAGCCUAAAAUAAAUUCCUAACAAUUUCAAUCUUUUUUGUUCAAUAUUAAUUAUUAGAUACUGUGUCUCAAACAUGAAAUUAAUUACAAAUUAUUUGCGGUCAACAAUACUACAAGACUUGUUAUUUGAUGAGCAGAAUCGAAAUAUUUUAUUGAAGAUUUUAUAUUUGGUUGACUUUUUUUUUGGAGGGGUGUGGGAGGGAGGGAAAGGGGCGCAUCACAUGUCUCUUGCCUGAGGCGCAUCAUAGUCUAGAACCAGCCUGCCCUUGUGCAAAGUUCCUCCAACCCAAAGGCAGGGCAACAAAUUAAAGCCUCGUCUGGUUGAGCUUGUCUUGUAGUGCACGUGGUCUGCAGCUGCGCUUACGUCACGUUUCUAGGCAACGAGAUGCAUCGAUCGCGGGGUAACAGUGAAAUCUGGACCUCCCCCCGCAUCAGUCCACAACCAGGUGCAACUACUAACGCAACAUCAUCAAGGCACUGUCAACGACCUACACACUACGCUUUAUUUGUACUUCAUGAAUUAGAAAAGACCAGUAGAAGAAAUAUGCAACCGCUGCAAAGAACCUGUAACGUGGUGGGUACCUGCGCUCUCUUGUGUUUGUUACUCGGGGCCAUGCAGUCGCGUGCGGAUCGCCCUGGACCUGGAAUGAGCUCCUUAGAGCUCUCGAUCCCAUACACACUGGGCUCGGAUCAGCAGCACCUGUGCACCGUUACCAAAGUAGACUCGCGGAAUGAAAGUGACCUUUGAACCCCACCUUCAGCCUGGUCACGUGAGGCACCUGAGUCUUCAGCUGUGCGACAUCAUUCCUGCAGAUGCUCUCAAAGCCGUGUCUGGCCAUGUCACACUGAUCACGUGGUGUGUGGAGGGCGCGUGCAGCCGGUGUAUGUCUGGGGACAGAACUCGUCUGCCUGGAUUCUUCCUCGAGAUACAGGUAUACCUCUUGGAGGACCCCUAGGCCAGGAUUACUUGCUGAUGCAGGUGCACUUGAAAGAAACGGAUGCAGAGAAAACAGACCAUGAGGAUUCCAAAGUCGAUAAAUCCGAAUCAGUAACAGAGAGGGUGUCCCUCGUUAUCAACACAACGGCGACCAGACCCUUGCUGGAGUUUGGACUUGCCAUUCUACAGAACACGGGCUUCAUCCCUAAAGGAAGUGAGGUUGUGACUACAGAGAGUGCAUGUCAGUGGCAAAGUGAACAGCCUGUCGUCAUCGCUGGCAUCCGCCUGCACACUCACAGUCGAGGUGUGUGGAUGGAAGCCUUGCUGGAGCACAAGGGACGGUGGCAGGUUGUUGGUGAGGGCGAUCCCUCCCUCCCUGAGGACGUCUUACCGGUGAACGGAACGCGCGUGGUCCAGCGAGGUGACUUUCUGGCUGCUCGCUGCUAUUUUCGGCAAGACCCAGCGAGAGACAUCCCCUUUGGCUCGUCUUGGACGGAGGAAAUGUGCAACUUGCAUGUGCUGUACCUUCUACCAAUAGGCGCCGCCCCCAGCAUCCGCUUCCAGCUGUGCACCAAUCAGGUGCCUUCCAUCGCACUACGUCACCUCUUCCCCAACCUGCCGUCGCUUCGCACUGAUAUCUCGCCCGAACCUGAGGAUCGCGAAGUUGGCAUGUAGAGCCCUCCCGUUGGUGUCGGCCUCCACACUGCACGUCUGCGGACUGGCUUCACAGGGGAAAACCUCUCACUCAGGCAUGCAUGCUCUCUCUCGCCAGCCUCCGCACACAGGGACGCUCUUCUGGAUUUGUCUACGUGCAUUUUUCUUGAGAAAGUCUGUAGCAAAAAUACACUUACGUUUCCUGUCGCAUGCUAGGUGAAGAGACAAUUAUUUUUAAAUGACACGUCUACAGCUUUGUGCAGUAGGCUACAAAAAAUAAUUAUAUCAUUUGCCUGUGGAACGCUGAAUUUCAACAAAACAUGUCCUCCCAGUAAAAGCUAGAUGGCGGAAAGAUUAAGCCAGAACGCUAUUAUUCAGCUGACUUAAUUUGGAUCGAAAGUAAAGACGAAGGUGACUACGUACACGACUACACACUCUCUCUCUCUGUUAACGGCUCGUUCUUGAUGUCAGAGGUUAUAUAUAGUCUUGUUUACGAGCAUGAUAACAGUCUUGAAAGGUGACUUUGGUGCCCGAUGACAACUACUGAAUUCUAGAGAAAAAAAAUCCAAUAUUGUUCAGUAGAGCAAGAGUGAAAUAAAGGCUAUACCAAAUGAAAGAUAA